CGUGCUCAUCGUCAUCUACCACUCUUCCUCUCGCCGCUGCACAUCCCGUCUGAACCAUGCUACAACAGCGAUUGUCUCGAUCCCUUCAAGCGCUUGCGCGCCAGCCGCAGCAGCACCAACCGCUCAUCAGAUUACCACGCAGCAACACCUCCUCCUCGCCAUUUGCCUUCAGAUCAUUCGCCCCAGUCGCAUCACAGAGAUUACCGGCGCGAAGAUGGUACUCGUCAGCGCAGGAAGCGGAGGCAAAAAAAGAGGAGCCAGCACAAGACUCAACGCCUGAACAGCAGAAGAAGGCGCAAGAAGCGACUAAGGAAGAUCCGGUGCAGAAGGAGUUGGAGGCGAAGAAGAGAGAGGUGAUUGACUUGACGGAUCGGUUAAAACGAUCCGUCGCAGAGUACCGUAAUCUCCAGGAACAAACCAAACGUGAAAUCCAAGCCGCCAAAGACUUUGCCCUCCAGCGCUUCUCCAAAGACCUUCUGGACUCUGUCGAUAAUCUCGAUCGUGCACUGAUCAACGUGCCUGCCGACAAGCUCGUUUCCGAGAAUCAAGACCUGGUUAAUCUGCACUCGGGCUUGAAGAUGACGGAAGACAUUCUCAUGCAGACGUUGAAGAAGCACGGGCUGGAGCGAUUCGAUCCCAGCGAGAAGGGGGAGAAGUUUGAUCCCAACAAGCAUGAGGCUGUCUUCCAGACGCCCAUGAAGGAUAAGGAGGACGGGACGGCGUUCCACACCCAAUCGAAGGGCUUCUUGUUGAACGGGAGAGUCAUACGGCCUGCCAAGGUUGGUGUGGUGAAGAACUCAUAGGCAAGGCUUGGAGUAUGUCGUCUGGGUUCGUGGGACGGAACCCCAACACAUCGCAUCCGACCUCGAGUGGUCGACCAUCUAGAUACGAUGCUGAAAGCGGCAUCGUAACACUGUAUAAAUUCUCCUCUUUCGCGGCGUAGAUGCGCAAGACAGCAUAGCAGCGGCGCCAUGUACGAUAGGUUUUGAGAACGAGAAGCGCAGAUCUCAAUUCACCACUUCCAGC